GUCCAUACUACUUCCUCCUCAUUUUCACUCUUCCACCUACCAGACUAUACUCGUCCUCUUCCAGCCACCUACUCCCAUACCCGAAAGAGACCUCAACUCUACUACCGCUUCUCCCCGUGGUUAGCUUUCAAGUGCGCUAAUUACACGCACUCACUCCUACUACUAUCCACGAAUAAACUGCCACUUUAUCUUAUAUACAAUGGCCCCCGCUCAUCGCAGAGGACCUUGGGUUCCCGAGGAAGACCAGCUCCUCCUUCAACUGGUUCGCGAACAGGGCCCCAACAACUGGGUCCGCAUCUCACAGCACAUGCACUACCGGUCUCCCAAGCAAUGUCGGGAGCGUUUUCACCAAAACCUGAAGCCGUCUCUGAACCGUGAGCCCAUCUCCGCCGAGGAGGGGCUGAUGAUCGAGCGCAUGGUCAACGAGAUGGGAAAGCGCUGGGCCGAGAUCGCACGACGACUGGGCAACCGCAGCGACAACGCCGUGAAGAACUGGUGGAACGGCAGCAUGAACCGCAAGAGGAGAGGUCUCCCGACUAGCCCUCACCAUUCCGCCUCCCGCACCUACAACGGCCGCAUCGAAGCCCCGUAUACGCGGGCCUCGAUGGGCAUGAGCAGCCCGACCAGCCAGUCUCGUUUCUCGCCCAUCUCCAACAGCCGCCCCCUCAGCUCGUGGAAGUCCUCCUCGCGCCGGGGCUCUUGCUCGACCGCCUCGGUCGACUGUCCCCCGCAGUUGACCCCGAUCUAUACCCUUCCCGCCCUCAACCGCCCCAUCGAGACCCCUCUGACCUCCCCUGCCUUCUCCGAAUCCUCCAACACCCUCUCCAUCGAGCCACCUUCCAUGAUCUCCGACCACAAUUCCGUCUCCUCCGCCUCUCCCCGAACCGUCUCCUCUCCUCAGCUGCUGCCGCUCCCCCGUCAACACUAUGGCGAAUUCCGCAAGCACAGCGACGACCUAUACUACAGCGGGUAUCAACUGCCGAAACCCCUGGAGCCUUGUUCCGAGUUCUCUCUGAAGCAGCGGUGGAUCGCGGAUCACCAAGCCUGGAACCGUCCCUCCACCCCGUUAUCACAGCCCUGGCAUGCCCAUCCCGAGCCUGCGCGGCCUGAGUCGUCGCGGGAUUCCCGGAUGGGCCUGGAUGCGCUUUUGAAUUAACGGCGAUGGUUUCCUAUCGCUUGAUGACCGUAUGAAUUUCCUUGCCUGUGCUACUACUUUUUCUUGU